UUGCUCAAGAGGACUAAAGUGUUGCUGUGUUGUGUCUGUUUACCAAUCGGCCCAGUUUGGCUGGAGCUUUUUCGUUGUGAAUUUCGUGUGAAUUAAUCAUCUUCAAGGUGAAAUUAGCGUGUUGCAAAAAGUUGGAAAAAUCCAGAAAAUCAGAACAAAACAAAACUUACGUCAGGUGAAAGGAAAAGUGAGCUGGCUGUCAAAGGCGUCCGCUGCAGUACUAGAUUGAAAGUAUUGUGCGUUGUUGUUGGAAAUUUUGUUUGUGUGCUCGGCAAAGGAAGAAAAAAACUGCGCUGCAGUGCGAAACGUCAAGUUGCGACAGGAUAGUGACAAAUUUCUGUGUGUGGACAAACCAGCUCCCCAGACCAGACAGCUGCUCUCGCUCGCGAGGAUUUUCGUAAUCGGUCGUAAUCAGUCCCACCAAACCACGCACAGUGACCACCAAAAUUGGCCAAGACCCGUAAACGUGAACCCCGUGGUGAACAUUUCGAUUUGUUAAAGAAAAGCAUCAUCAGCUGUUUGAGGUAGUGAUAACCAGCGCGCGCAGAAACACACGCAUCGAAGUCGCUCCCGCUGGUUGGAAAGGUGAUCGUGCCCAGGUGCUGUGGCGGAACCGUACCGCUGGUGAGGCCCGAGCAGCAGCAGCAGCAGCAGAUCUUCGGGCCACGACGACCGUCGCUGCGGCGGCGCGGGCGUCUUCAUUUUCAGUAUCACCUGAGCAGUGCUGCGGUGAAGAAGUGCUUGCUUGCUCGGCGUGUGCUUGCUGGUGCGGUUGCGAUCCCAAGUGGCCCCUUCUCUCCCUCCCAUUUCAACGCAACGGCGUGUGCACGGUGAUCCGUAUGUGCGCUAGUGGCUGCGGCAAGUGCGUUCCGAAUUGUCCCCGACUUGAAGCCAACGAAGAGGAAGAAGACGACGACGAAGUCGAAGAAACGCAAGUUUGAAAGUGAAGUGAGUGAAAAUGAGAGUCGGUCGGUUAUUUCGUGCGCACGGGGAGUUUUGUGCAUCGCACCCCUGGGAGGUGAUAGUGGCCUUGGUGACGCUGACGGCAUGCAUAAUAACGUUCGACAAGGGAAGUGCCGAUCCGUUCCAGAGUACGCGCUCCAGUUCCGGCGGUGGCAGCCGACCCUGUCCGACAUGGCGGUUUGGCACGGUCGACGAGGACUUCCGGUGCGACGAGCAGCUGGAACAAAACGGUAUCGACGUGAUACUGAUGACCAUCGUGCGGUGCUCGGCGAUCCUCUACUGUUACUACCAUUUCUGUAACCUUCAGAAGCUCGGGUCCAAGUACAUCCUAGGUAUUGCCGGACUGUUUACCGUGUUCUCCAGCUUCAUCUUCACGUCGACCGUGAUCAACUUCCUUGGCAGUGAAGUCUCCGACCUCAAGGAUGCCUUGUUCUUCUUCCUGCUGCUGAUCGACCUGAGCAAAGCUGGUAUCCUAGCCCAGCUGGCCCUGUGCGGAUCGAGCCAGUCGGAAGUGACGAUGAACAUUGCGCGCGGGAUGGAAAUCCUCGGACCGGCCAUCUCGCUCGACACGCUGGUGGAAACGCUGGUGAUCGGCGUCGGAACGCUAUCCGGAGUCCAGCGGCUCGAGCUGCUGAGUGGAUUCGCGGUGCUGUCCGCGAUCGUCAACUACAUCGUCUUCAUGACCUUCUACCCGGCCUGUCUGUCGCUGAUCCUGGACCUGUCCCGCAACGCCGGCAAUCUGAUCCAGAAGAACAAGAAGGAGAACCUGAUUGCGCGCGUCCUGACCGAAGAGGACCAGAAGCCGAACCCGGUGGUGCAGCGCGUCAAGCUGAUCAUGUCCAGCGGGCUGAUGAUCGUGCACGUGCUCAGCCGGUUAGCGAUCUCGGAAAAGGACUCGGACACGGCCGAGCAAAUUAUCGCCUCGCACAGCCACGAACAUUUGGCCGCUCUCAACAAGACUGAACCGAACGAGAUCUCCGAAUUUAUUAUGAGGUGGCUCUCGAUCAGCACCGAGCAGAUCGUGACGUACAUCCUGAUCAUCGCGUUGGGCGUCAAAUUCGUCUUCUUCGACCGUCACAAUCUGUCGGACCAGAUUCUGCUAUCGGUAGCGAACGAAGCGGCGGCCGCGGCCGCAGCUGCCGCAGCCGCCCAGCAAAAGCAGAAGCUAGAGGAACAGCAGCUCGUCGCGUCCAGCACGUUUACGCUGGCGGAGGCGGUUCCGGUAGAGGACAAAGCUACCCAGAGCGAGUUGAGCCUGAUUGCGAGGUCGCGGGCCAAGAGCAUGGGAGCGGAAGACGAGCUGGAUUCGGACGAUUUGGAGGAUGAGCUGGUGGAGCGGGAACCACGGCCGUUGGACGUUUGUCUGGAGAUCAUGAACGACGGCAAGGACGGAGCGGCUGAGCUGACGGACGAGGAAAUCAAGAUGAUUGUAAGGGCCGGUAAUGGGCACUGUCCGCUGUACAAAAUAGAGUCCGUCAUUGGAAACGCUGAACGGGGUGUUAAAAUCCGACGAGAGUUGAUCCAGAAGGAAGCCAAUUUGCCGAUCAACGCGUUCAAGCAUCUUUCGUACAAGAACUAUGACUACUCGAAGGUGAUGAAUGCAUGCUGCGAAAAUGUCCUCGGUUACGUGCAGAUUCCCGUUGGUUACGCUGGUCCUUUGAUACUGGACGGUCGCCGUUUUUACGUUCCGAUGGCUACGACCGAGGGCGCGUUGGUUGCCAGUACCAACCGUGGUUGCAAAGCGAUUUCUGUUCGUGGAGUAACCAGCUACGUGGAGGAUAUUGGAAUGACCCGUGCGCCGUGUAUCCGAUUCCCGAACGUCCUUCGGGCGGCACAAGCCAAACGGUGGAUGGAAACUUCGGAAAACUUUGCCGUCAUCAAGAAGGCCUUCGAUUCCACCAGUCGAUUCGCUCGACUCCAGGAGGUGCACAUUGCCAUGGACGGACCGGUACUGUACGCUCGCUUCCGUGCCCUGACGGGUGACGCCAUGGGAAUGAACAUGGUCUCCAAGGGUUCGGAAAUGGCUCUCCGUGAGGUUCAGCGAGUGUUCCCGGAAAUGCAAAUCAUCUCCCUUAGUGGGAACUUUUGCGCAGACAAGAAACCGGCGGCCAUCAACUGGAUCAAGGGACGCGGCAAGCGUGUGGUCUGCGAAGCCAUCAUUCCAGCGGACAAGGUGCGUUCGAUUCUGAAAACAAACGCCCGCACAUUGGUCCAGUGUAACAAGCUGAAGAACAUGACCGGAUCGGCGGUUGCCGGCAGCAUCGGUGGAAACAACGCACACGCGGCCAACAUGGUGACGGCCAUCUACAUUGCCACCGGCCAGGAUCCGGCCCAGAACGUGACCAGCAGCAACUGCUCGACCAACAUGGAACCGUACGGCGACAACGGCGAAGAUCUGUACAUGACCUGCACAAUGCCAUCGCUCGAGGUGGGAACCGUGGGCGGCGGAACUGGUCUGCCCGGCCAGGGCGCCUGUCUGGACAUGCUCGGCGUGCGCGGCGCUCACCCAACCCAUCCGGCCGAAAACUCCAAACAACUGGCCCGCGUCAUCUGCGCCACCGUAAUGGCCGGCGAGCUCAGCCUGAUGGCCGCCCUGGUCAACAGCGAUCUAGUCAAAAGCCACAUGCGGCACAACAGAUCCUCGGUGGCCGUAGUUCCCGGCGUGACACCAGCACCUGCCCCAAGCAGUACGCCCAGUGCGGCGCCCAGCAGCCAAUAACGGCUACUGCGCGUUAGAACUACCUCAAAGACAACGACGACGACGACGUCGACUGCCCGUGGAAGCGUCGCAAAGCCCGCGGUGAGUACGCAGAGCCGAUUGCGAGAAUAAAUUAUUGAUUAGAACUUUAGGAUUAGAACAUACUGUCUCUUGGACGUAGAUGGACAUCUACGAGGAAUGAAUUAUGCUGAAAAUGAACUGAAAGAGCGAAACAAAAAAUGCAGGCAUAUUGUACAUAUUUUCACAAACAGGACGGGAUAAACAAGUUUUAACUUACACACAAACACACACACAUACACAAACACACGCAAUGCAAAACGUUACUCUCGAGACAGCUUUUACCGGCAACCUGCUCUUGUACAUAAGAUUUUAGAGACUAAUGAUAGAAGAACGAGCAACUUUCAGCAUCCCUUCUAAACUUGGAAAACAAAAACAUUGAAUCAAUUUUGUAAAUGUUGCCAUCAGUUUGUUUUUGAAGGGGGGUACAACCGACCGAGAGAAGGAAACUAAACAUUGAACAGCGCAAUUGAAAACAAGGAGUAGUAAUUGCGAAAAGCACAGAUCAUAAAAGCUGGACUUGUGCGAAAGCUGCUGAUAUGGGAAAGAGAAGGAGAAGAAUGUUUGCUAGGAUUUUCGACACAGUGAAUUACAACUAUUUAUAACUCUUGAUUAAUUAUGUCAAUAUUUGGUGCUACAUGCAGACGCAUAAAAAACUGAAGAUCCUUAGAAGCAAAA